UAAAAGAAAGAAAAAUCAUUUUCCCUAAAGCCACCAUGGCAAUGGCUUGCCUCCCCAAGCUCCGAGUUGCCACCGCCGCUGUUUCCUCCUUCGUUAAUCCGCUCCGACAUCGGAUCCGGUCCUUCGGAUCUGCCGCCGCGUUGGAGAUCCCCUACGACGAUGAAUACUACGAGUACGAACAGGCUAACCGGGACCGGCGUUCAGCUCAGCCGAAGAUUGACUUGGAUGGAUCGGCGACAGACAGGGGAGUACAGUGGGUGCUUAUUGGGGAGCCUGGGGUCAAACGACAUGCUUAUGCUGAGAGGCUGUCGAAGCUUCUAGAAGUUCCACAUAUUUCAAUGGGCACCCUCGUUAGACAAGAGCUUAAUCCCCGCUCUUCUCUUUACAAACAGAUUGCAAAUACUGUGAAUGAAGGGAAGCUUGUACCGGAGGAUGUAAUUUUUGCUUUGUUAUCUAAGAGACUUGAAGAAGGUUACUAUGGAGGUGAAAAUGGUUUCAUUCUUGAUGGGAUUCCUCGUACCAGGAUCCAAGCUGAGAUUCUUGAACAAAUUACUGAUAUUGAUCUGGUUGUGAACUUUAAAUGCACUGAAGAGUAUAUGUUGAAAAGUUCAGAAAGUGAGGUUCUUCACUUAGGCCAUUCCAAAGAUGUAGGAAGUUCCUGGAAGAAAAAUGUCCAUGCAUACUCAGAGCAGGCCAAGUCAGUGGAGGAUUAUUACAGUUGGCAAAAGAAGCUUCUCAACUUUCAGGUCUCCAGUACACCGGCAGAUGCAUGGCAAGGUCUUUUGGCUGCAUUACAUCUCCAGCAUAUUAAUGCUCUCACCACUUCACAGAACCUGACGGCGUGAUCAUCCUUGUUCUUGAAAACUAGUGUUUACUUUUGAUAU